AGUAAUCGUCUCUCAAUGUGAUUUUUCGAAGGACUAUUUCAUGUAAGUAAAGUAGUAGGUCUGUCCUUUGCCUUUGGCUGUGUACAGUUUGUAGCCGGCAAGUUUUGUCCUCAGUCCUUUGUGGUGUAGGAAAAGUAGUUACUUUGAUAACUGUAAGCAUGUCUUCCGCGAACACGGACAUUGAGAACUAUGCCGCUGAGUUCAAUGGCAUAACCGAGAAAUUGGAGAACGGCCGAGACGUUUGCGAUUUGAUGACCGGUUUCUGGGAAAAGCUAGCCAAAAUCGAGCAGGCGUAUUCCAAGCAGCUGGUGGAGCUAUGCAAGGGACGUUACGCCAGGCUGGAGACCCUGCUGGGACAAACGAAACUGAUGUUCGCCGGCGGCGCGGAGAAACCGUCACAGCCGGCCUCGCUGGAACACAUUGGUUCCCUGCAGGACUGCUGGGUGAAAGUGGUGGACGAGGUACAGCGUCUGGCGGCCGAGCACGAAACCCUAGCUAGCCAUGUAACGACCAAGGUGACACCAACCAUUACGAAGUUCGUGCGCGACAAACUGAAGGACGAGGUGCAGCGCGCGGCCACCGGGAAGCGCCUGCUGACCGAGGCGCGCACCGGCUAUCAGCGCGUCACGGCCACCAAGCGCAAAUACUACAGUGAUGUGUCGGCAGCAGCGGGCAAGGCCACCACCGCGGGCGCAGGCGACUCUGAAGGCGAUGCGGACAGCGAGCCGCCGUCGAAGCAAGCGUACGAGGGCGCCGUCAAGGACCUGGCUGAGAAGCACGACGAAAUCUUCAUGGUGGGACUGCCCGGCGUACUGCGCGACAUCAACCUGAUCGAGCAGGACCGGGCGCAGAUGCUGUGCUCGUGCAUGAACCAGUACAUACAGUCGGCCGCCGCCCUCAAGAACGCGCUCACGUUUGACGCGACCGCCGCGGCCCUGGAGGCCACGACCAAAGACCCCGCUGUGACGCAGCUCGUCAUGAUGAGUCCGGUACCGACGAAACCGGAGGUCGAGGCUGCCACUGAGGACAGCAUCAAGCAAGAGCAGGGCGAGGCUCAGUCGGCCAGUCUGUUGACCGCCAUGUCCGGCUGGCUAUCCAGUAAGCGUACAGUUGCCGGAGGCGACGCCGCGAAGGAACCCGCCAGCGCUGAGGCCGCUGAAGACACGGCCAACGAGGCGAAAUCGGAGUCGAAGCCCGAGGCGGCAACGAGCGAGGGUGAGUCGACGACAGCAACGUCGAAGCUCACCUCGUUCUUCAGCGGCUGGGGGCGCAAGAGCAAGCCACAGCCAGCCGCGGAGACCAAAGUCGACGCUCCCGGUCUAGUUGACUCUAUCGAUGGUCCCGAGGCUACAUCUGCAGCAGAAAAAGAAGACACUGACGAAGCAAGUGCCGCAGCGGACAACGACACCCACCAGGAAGAUGCGGAAGAACCACAGGCAGAAGAAACGAAAGAGAAUGUCGAGGAGGAGCCCAUGGAUGAUUCCACUGUAGACGCCGGCGUGCAAGAUGACUUGGCCGAGACCUAACUAUAAAGGUCAGCUGUGAAUCAGUGCUCUCCGCUUUGGAUUGUUCUGUGCGUUUGCGUUCAUGUGUGUGUGUGCGUGCGUGCGUGUGUGUGAGCGCUCACUCUAUCGGUCUAGCUGUGAGUUCGCCCUCAGCUGGACUCUGCGUAGAUGUGUGUGUAUGUGUGUGUGUGUGUGCGUGUGUGUGCACGUAUGUCUGCAUGUGUGUGUGUGUGUGUGCGUGUGUUCAUGAUUACUUGUACGUCGGGCCAGUUUUCCCGUCUUGCGUCAUUCGCUGUUGUCACUCGUGCUUUCAGAGAACAAUGCUUCGAAUCUUUGCUAAGAAUGAACUUUUCACCCUAUCCUUGUUGUGUAUCACUAGCGAUAUCUGCCUAAGAAUGUGCGUACAGUGUCGUACUCACUAGUGCAAGUACAGUACUCUUGCCCCACUAUCCAACAUGAUUAUUCCAAUAUUUGAUAACCGCUAUGAGCACUAUAUUUUCCCUUUUAAAAAUCAGAAUGCUCGCUUUCUGCGGCCGAGCAUGACAUCUUGUGUAUAAGGCUGGAUGCUCUUUCCCACAAGAUUACAGGAAUUUCUUUAUUUACUUGUCCGGAAAGGUAAUCUUUUUUUUCUUAUCUCGGCUUUGCGGUGCAGCAGCUUUUUUUGGAAUUUUCUGGAUUUUUGUGAAUAUUUUAUUUCCCCAUAUGAAACUCUUUAUUCGUGACAAAAUUCUCUAUUUCCGCCUUGUCAGCCCACCGCCGUCCGUGUCUGUGCGUGCCUGUGGAUGUGUUCGCUGGCGUUGCUCUAAAAGAAAAUCAGUUGCUUUGCACCCGGUGCACUUUGCA